UUCCGUAGUUCAAAACCCACCACCACCACCACCACCACCAUCGCCACCGACGUCGUCUUCCGUUUCCGGCCGCGAGGAAAUGGCGAUUUCCAUGGCGACGUUCGCCAUCACCCCGAGCCUGCGUCUUCCUUCGAGACGCCACAGCAAGCUCGCCGCCGUUCAGCCCUCGCGGAGGUUCUCCAGGACGGUUCCGUGGAGAAUCGGAGUGGUCUGCGCCGCUUCCUCGUCUGCAGCUCCGGGGAGUUCGAACCCCAACGCGGACUUCAACCCUUACGAGGUUUUGGGCGUUAAUCCAAUUGAGGGAUUUGACAUGAUUAAAGCAGCAUAUACAAAGAAACGAAAGGAUGCAGAGAGAAGAGGUGAUGAAGCAGCUGCCUCCCAACUGGAAAAAGCUUAUGACAAAGUGAUGAUGGCACAAUUAAGCAACAGGAAAAAGGGCGUCACAUUUGGUUCUUUCAAGGUCUCUAAGGAUAUCAAAUAUGCUGAUAAGCAACCCAUUGUACCAUGGGGACCGAGGUUCACCAAGUCCAGUGUACAAGACAUGCGCAUCAACAUGGCAAUAUCUGCUGUCUUCACAGCUUGGAUCCUAAUCAAACGCAAUGCUGAAUAUAAACCAUUACAAUUUUUAACAUUUGCAUUCGUGUACCGGAUCUUUGAGAAGUUGAAAUCAUUUGAACCGCCUGUAUCGCCAACCUUUACGGAAGAAGGUGAGGAGGAUCCAGGGAGAGGGUUGCGAAUGGGAAAACGGUUGCUUAGGUCUCUUGCAUUAGUUUUUGGCUGCAUCGCAUUUUCUUCUCUGGCAUAUACUGGUCUUCUGAACUUGAUAGAAUUCGUAGGCAGUUUUAUACCUGCUUUUCUUUAUAAUAACCAGGAACUUAUAGUCACCACUUCGACGGCAAUCUUUCUCUUUAUAAUGGCAUCAUUUUAUAGAUGACAGACGAACUUCAGUGAGAGUUUCACUUAUAGGUCGACUUGGGUGUCAAAUUUUGCCAUGUCAGGUGUUCUUUCUUUUCUUUUCUUUUUUUAACUUUGAAUUUUGCAUCUCAUCACUAAAACGGGUCUCGUGGACACUAGUUCGGUGACAUAAGGGCAGUACACUUGUAACAGAAUGUUAAAUUUACAUAAGGAGUUAGAUCAUCGCUUGUUGAAGUCGGAAAUAAUGUAAUGGACUGCUUUGAAGUCUCAUCAAGGGAAAAUGCGAGAGAACUAUGCAAGCUUAUUUGGUAGGACCUGGGACAUUAAGGGCUAUGUGAAAUACACGAAGCAACCCUUGCUGAAAUAGGCAACUUGGACCUACCCUGUAUUUUGAGCUCUGCUUGGUUUUUUUUUUCCUUCAUUCCUGAACUAGAAUGUUUCAUUUUUUCCGAGUGAGCAUACUUUCAUAUUCUGAGUUCGAAGCAGCAAGAGUACAUAUUGGUAGGUUUCAGCCAGAACUGAACCGAAAU